CAAACAACCAUAUCCAAUUUGAUCGAAAGGCACGAGGCAAAACACGCAGCACGCAACCCCGCGCUUUCCAGCGAUAUCAGCGCCGGUCUAAAAAUAGCACUGGCGGACGAACACAUCCACGACUACCACGAUGUGACUAUUAACAAACACAGCCACAGCGACACCAGCGACAACAGUGCAUAUGCCACAACACCCCCACACCACACUGAACGCAGUGAUGGUAGGGUACAAAUGGAAGCAGACGAAGCAGCUGAACUCAGGGAUAGUAUAGUACGAGUGGAAGCAGAUGAAUUAGGUGACAUCACAGGACAAAGCACAGUAGAGUGGAAGACCGGGGACGGGAUGGGUAGGGAUAAGCCUUCGGAGCUCUGCGAUGGGUCGGGGUGUGACAAAGUCGCUGAGCUUCCCUCGGACGAAAUCAGGUUAACGGACAGGCAGGAAUUGAGAUGAGGUCGGCAACUCUGGUAGUGAAAUAUAUUACGAUACGGGUGCAACCCGCCGAUUGUUGCGACUGGCCGGGGUGUGAUGAAGGUACAGUGAUUUGCCUUCCGAUGUGCUCGUAUUAGCCCAGUGACAGGGCUUCAGAUGAAUAGGAGAGAUCGCGAUACAAAGAGAGGGUAGUACAAUACACAAUACGACAUACUUGUCAGUGUGAGAAAUACAACCUGACUAGAAGAGAGGGUAGUACAGUAAUACGACACACUUGUCAGUGUGAGAGAUACAACAUGACUAGAAGCUUCAGAUGAAUAGGAGAGAGCGCGAUACAACCUGACUAUAAGAGAGGGUAGUACAAAAAUACGACACACUUGUCAGUGUGAGAGAUAUAUGAUGACUAGAAGAGAGGGUAGUACAACAAUGCGACAUACUUGUCAGUAGGAGAGGUACAACAUGACUAGAAGAGAGGGUAGUACAACAAUACGACACACUUUUCAGUGGGAGAGGUACAACAUGACUAGAAGAGCGGGUAGUACAACAAUACGACACAC